ACGUUAUGACGUUUAGCUUUUAAAAGUCAGCUCGGCCAUGACUGCUAUAGCUUGUGACUUUCAGCGGUGAGCCACAGUAUGGAUGCCUGGCACCAGUCCUUGUUUCUGGUUUUUGCCACAUUUCUCCUGGUUUCUGGCUUGCCAACUCCAGAAAAGUUUGUCAAAGAUAUAGAUGGGGGAAUUGAUCAAGACAUAUUUGAUAUCAAUGAAGAUUUGGGACUGGACCUUUUUGAGGGAGACAUCAAACUUGGGGCACAAGGGAAGAAUUCCAUCAUUGGAGAUGACUAUAGAUGGCCACAUACCAUUCCAUAUGUUCUAGAAGACAGCUUGGACAUGAAUGCUAAAGGAGUAAUCCUCAAUGCAUUUGAGCGCUAUCGCCUUAAAACGUGCAUUGACUUCAAACCUUGGUCUGGAGAAGCCAACUAUAUAUCAGUGUUCAAGGGCAGCGGGUGCUGGUCCUCAGUGGGAAACAUGCGUGCUGGGAAGCAAGAGUUGUCCAUCGGGGCAAACUGUGACAGAAUUGCGACAGUUCAACACGAGUUCCUCCAUGCUCUGGGAUUCUGGCAUGAGCAGUCACGCGCUGACCGGGAUGAUUAUGUCACUAUAGUUUGGAAUAGAAUUCAGUCAGGAAGAGAACACAAUUUCAACAUCUACAAUGACAGUGUGUCUGAUUCCCUGAAUGUCCCCUAUGACUACACCUCCGUAAUGCACUACAGUAAAACUGCUUUUCAGAAUGGAACAGAGCCUACCAUCGUCACGAGAAUCUCAGACUUUGAGGAUGUGAUUGGCCAACGGAUGGACUUCAGUGACUAUGACCUGUCAAAGCUGAACCAGCUGUACAACUGCUCUUCUUCCUUGAGUUUUAUGGACUCCUGUGAUUUUGAGCUGGAAAAUAUUUGUGGCAUGAUCCAAAGCGCAGGCGACAGUGCUGACUGGGAGCGGGUUUCCUGGGUUCUCGCGGGUCCUGAGAAGGAUCACUCCAACAUGGGCCAGUGCAGAGACUCAGGCUUCUUCAUGCAUUUUAACACGAGUAUUAGGAAUGAGGGUGACACGGCGAUGCUGGAGAGCAGGACUUUGUACCCCAAGAGAGGCUUUCAGUGCCUGGAGUUUUAUCUGUACAACAGCGGAAGUGCAAAUGACCUGCUGAAAGUCUACACCCGGGAGUACGAUGCGGGCAACCCGGAUGGUGUUUUAACCCUUCAGAGAGAGAUUAAAGAAAUACCCACUGGGAGCUGGCAACUUUACUACGUAACACUGCAAGUGACUAAGAAAUUUCGAGUGGCAUUUGAAGGACUCAGAGGCCCUGGUGCAUCGUCGGGUGGCCUGUCUCUCGAUGACAUCAACCUCUCAGAAACAAGGUGUCCUCACCAUAUCUGGCACAUACAGAAUUUCACACAGCUCCUUGGCAGCCAGAAUCCAGAUGCACACAGUCCUCCGUUUUAUUCUCCUAAAGGUUAUGCUUAUCAGAUUUACCUGAAUCUAAGCUCCUCGACAAAUGUAGGAAUUUAUUUCCACCUGAUCUCUGGCACCAAUGACGAUCAGUUACAGUGGCCAUGUCCUUGGCAGCAAGUCACAAUGACACUCUUGGAUCAAAAUCCCGACAUCCGACAGCGUAUGUCCAACCAGAGGAGCAUAACCACAGACCCGACGAUGAGGGACGAUAAUGGAAACUAUUUUUGGGACAGGCCUUCCAUUGUGGGAGAGGUGGCUCUUUUCCCUAAUGGAACUCAGUUUAAGAGAAACAGUGGUUAUGGAACCAGUGUCUUCAUAACCCACAAGAGGCUGAAGAGCAGAGAGUUCAUAAAAGGAGAUGAUGUUUACAUCCUACUGACAGUCGAAGACAUAUCUCACCUCAAUUCUACGUCACCUGUCCCAGACGCAGUCCCCACCUCUGUCCCUAAUGCCUGCUCAGAGGUUGAAUGUCAGAACGGCGGUAUCUGCAUUGUCCAUGACAACAGAGCUGAGUGCAGGUGUCCUGCAGGAGAAGACUGGUGGUACGUGGGCACAAGGUGUGAGGAGAGAGGGUCCACCCGAGACACCAUUGUCAUCGCUGUUUCUUCCACUGUCACGGUGUUUGCCGUGAUGUUAAUCAUCACUCUCGUCAGUGUCUACUGCACCCGGAGGAAAUACCGGAAGAAGGCUGGUUCAAAUACGGCAGCCAUGAGUCUAGAAAAUCAACAUGCUUUUUGAAUAUUAACCCCAGCCAGCCAGCCAGUGAAGUGGAAAGGCUCUUCGACAUGGAAGAAUAUUUCCCACAAGCUGCAUAACAUCC